UCCCGUAUGAUUUACGAAAAGUAAACAAAGAUAAGUUUGACGCAGAUUGAUGCAUUGCCAGAUAAAUAAUUGUAGUUGGCAACAUGUAAAAAUGACAGGAGAUUUCUUUACAUAAUAAUACUAAUGAAGAAUGGGAAGCAAAACAGUUACACUGUUAAAGAGACUGUUGCCUUAUGAUCCACCAAGAUGGGCACAAGGCCUCAAGAAUAUUCCCAGAACCCUGAUACCACUGAGCCCAAGAGAUGAUGAUAAGGUGGGAAUGAUAAACCCCUGGAAUCUUCCCGGUAUUCCAAAGCAGUUUGAAGUUUUUAUCAGACGAGAGGAUGCUACUGGUGCUGCAAUUUCAGGAAACAAGGUCAGAAAACUUGAAUUCCUGUUGGCUGAUGCUAUAGAGAAGGGUUGUAAACAUGUGAUAACUUGUGGUGGAAUUCAGUCCAAUCACUGCAGAAUCACCGCAUUGGCUGCCAGGGAGCUGGGGAUGACACCUCAUCUAGUGCUGAGGGCAGAUAUUGAGAGUGAAGCGGAUGUUGGUUGUGAAGGCAAUGUAUUGUUGAACCGAAUGUGUGGUGCUCAUAUGUACAUGGUGCCAAAAUUAUCUCCCUACCUCACAGAACUGAAACCAAGAAUGGAAAAACUUGCUGAAACCAUUAGAGAGAAGACAGGAGAGGAGAGCUAUUUGAUACCUGUAGGUGGAUCCAAUACCUUAGGAGUGUUUGGAUUUCUUACGGUGUUUGAAGAAAUUUUGCCUCAUAUACCAUGGAUCACAGAUAUUGUGGUGGCUUGUGGUAGUGGAGGGACUGUUGGUGGACUAUGUAUAGCCAAUCAUCUCACAGGUUCAAAGGUCAAGGUUCAUGCUGUUAUAGUUUGUGAUGAUGCUAAGUACUUUCAUAAUCAUGUGAAUGAGACACUAUCAGAGCUGGGAUUGACUGAUAUUCGAUCAGAGGAAAUUCUGGACAUUAUAGAGGGCUAUAAAGGUCGAGGUUAUGGUCUCUCUACUGAAGAAGAAUUAGAAUUCAUUAUGGACGUUGGAGCGUCUUCAGGUGUGAUACUUGAUCCUACCUACACUGGUAAAGCUGUCCGGGGUCUGGUCUCAGAGCUACAGAAUAAUCCUCAGAGAUUCAGGGGAAAACAAAUUCUGUUCAUCCACACAGGAGGAACCUUUGGACUCUUUGAUGGUCGUAUGAAUCAACUUUUAAAACAAAGAAACACACCCAAUAGCAGUCAUAUUCACAUUUGGAAUGAAAAGGGUGACUCUAUAAACCCUAACUGAAUCGAUAUUUUAAACAAUAUUUAGAUUUGUUUUAUAAAUGUUUUAAAAUCAUUAACUAGUAUAUAGAUAUAGAGAGUAAACUAGAAAUCAAAGAAAUGCAAAAAUAUAAACAUGAUUCAUAAAAUUGGUGAAUUAG